GGAUAAAAUAAGAAAGGAGGCUCCAGUGGUAUAAGUGGAUUUGAGGGCUUGGAAGGAAAACAAGGACGCUAGUUAACGUUUUCUCGUUGUUCAAGGUAUGAAGUCUUGUUUUUUUUUUAAAGUUUACAGAGUUUAUUCAAGAUGUCUACCGUUAUUUGAAUGGGAUAAUUCGUUUAUUAAUCUGACAUUUGCCAGGUUGACAGAUAGUCAGACAUUUGUUGGUGGUGGCAAACCCUGCAACCAGACAAACUAAGUCACCAACUAACUCGUGUUACGUCCCCGGUUGUUAACGCCGUCGUGAGUUGAAGUGAAACAGCUAUCGGGCGAUAUUGAAAAGUAACUUAGUUGGCAACCUUAAAGUCAGCUGUCCUUAGCGACUAACGUUAUUUCAAGCUAGUCAGUGUUAACGUUUCAGGGUUAGCUCGGCUAGCUAGCUAUAGCCUGUUCCCAGUGGAGAUGUACCGACUGUGUUCAGGCAACAUGGCCAGAAAACUAGCAAAGAAUCCGGUCUGACAGCGGUACUUUAUGAGACUAUACAGCUGUGAAGUCCGGCUGAAAUAAGACGAAUACUCUGAAUGAUAAUAGCCUUAUAGCUUAAUACCUUUGCUAGCAAGCAGGUCGGCUACCUCGGCGUGAACUCAGUUUCCCCCGCAUGUAUCACACUUAAGCUUUUAAAGGGACUUAGUUAACCUCUCUGACUUCGUGUCCGUGUGAUUGCUCAGCGUGUGAAACUACACAGAGGAAAAAGAAGUCAACUACAUUAAUUUUAAUAACUUGUACAAUGCAUAGCAGAGUGGACCCACUAUGGUGAAGCUUCACUAUGCAUCCAAAUGGACAUAAACAGCAGGCAACUCUUUUUAAAUAACAGAGAGCAAUCUAGGACACCCUUCAGUUUGUACACAACUGUAGCCGUGUGUGGAAAUACAGAGGACAUUGUUCUGUGAGGUAACACAAGACAGAUAUUUUUAGCUUUAAUUAGCCCAGUUCUGUGUAAAGCAACAAGUUAGACUUAUCAUGCAGCUGUCACAUUCCAGCAUGUGACCCACUGAUGUUAAAAUACUUCACAUUUAAAAUGAAUAAAAGUGAACAAAUAUUGUAUAUUCACUAUAUGAUAAGUUAUCUUACCCCUGAGGAAUAAAGCUGCAGGCUAUAUAUAAAAAAGAAAAAAACCCAAUGAGGUGAUGACCUGUAAUUUUAGUCUGACAAGUGUUUACUUUCAGGAUAGAAGUGAAGUAAUUGAUGUUUUUGUUUUUGGUGGGCAUCUAGACAAGUUUAGAAGUUUUCCAAGUUUAUUAUUGAUCAUAUUGGACAGUCAAAUUCAGCUGUCAGUCUCAGUUGCAUAAAGUAAGCCUUUAGAUUUGCAGCUUAUUUUCCGAACUGUGAGUAGCUGGCUGGAAGUUCCUCGAAGUCCUGUGGUACAAAAGGGAUUUUGUUUUCUGUUUGUCUGUUUCGAGGUAAAAUACCAGAUUCAGAAAACUUAAAAGAAUUAGUGAAGGGUUACCUCAGUGUGAACUACUGUGACUUUGUCAUCCGUAAGAUAUCAAUUGGAUACAGUGUGAGCAGACUGUAAACAUGAAAAGUUGAUGUAACAGCUUCAUUAUUAUAUUUUCAUUCCUUUCUUGAGAUGUUAUGUGUUUGAUUUUCUGCUAAAAAACGUGAAUAUUGAGAGCACUUUGUUUCUGUUUUUGAGGUGUGGUUUUGGCGAGGGUAUGGAGCACCCUGUACACAGAGGGGAGACAAUGCCCAUCGGACUACAUGACAGGUAUUGGAUAGUGUCUUACUUUCUUUUAUUUCAUCAGCCUAAAUGUGAGUAAUUGUCCUGAAUCAGCAACAUAAUCUCAUUUCAGCAGCUUUUUAUAUUUUCGAACAUAGUCAAUGGCUUUCUUUUAUCAAUAUGAGUAUUUCCAAACAAAUAGUAUAAAUAUAAACACAGCUGAGCUUUUGUAUUGUAAACAGUGCCUGUUUAUCAGCACUGAUAUUGGUCCUGACUGGGAAAUAGCUUCCACCUGGUGAAGGAGGUGUUAAUCAGGUAAUCCCAGAUAAGAUUAUUAGAAAGAAAGGCAGUAAUGCCCUGGUGCUCAAUGACCUGUCUUGAGAAUGUGUAAUAGUCUGUCUCUGCUUUCUUACAUAAACUCAAGACAGUGUUUAGAGAAUCAGUCUCUACAAUGUGCUGAGCAUUGAUCCCGCACAAGCAGGAGAUUAUCUAUUUAAGACCCAUUCUUGCCCACUAGAAAUACUCAUUUGGUUUAGAGGAAAGGUGGUGUCAGAGUAUAAUGUAGGGAAAAAGAGACCUGCUACUGAUGAUAAUCGUGAUAUUGAAUUUAAUAUCAGUAAAACAUGUUCAACAGUUGGAAAAAACAUGAAUGAAAGGGGGAAAAAAGAAAUAUCCAGGUUAGCAGAAGAGAGUACUAAGUAUCUACUCUUUGUAAAAUCAUUACUGCCUUUUAAGAUAAGAUAAGAAGAACUUUAUUUAUUCCCGCUUACUCGCUGUGGAUUCUACAGGCACUGACCUUCUGUUUUCACAAACAUUUGAGUUUUGCACAAAGCAGCUGGCACUGUUUUCACAAGUGGUUCAUGCAUUUGUAUUCCAACAGGAAUCCUCCAUGUGAAGUUUGGUUCAGGGUUGGAGACCAUGUGUGAAAGGCAGUGACUUAAAAUAUAUGAACAUUUUCUGCUCGAUGUGUCAAAUUUGCACAUCUGAAAGGCUUUUUAUGUUGGCUGUCUGACUUUUAAUAUUUACCAGUAGCCACUCUAUGCUGUCACUAUAUACCUUUGCUGUUUUUGAAAGUCUGGAAUAGUUUUUUUUUUUUAACUGGGCCAAUUUGUAACCACGUCAGCCAGGGCUGAAAAUCUCUUUUGGCUGGACUUGAUUUUUGUUUUUAAGGUGCUCAGUCCACUCUGUUUGCUUUUAUGCUACAUCAGGUUACACUCUGCUACAUAUUUCUUUUACACCACUGCCCGUGACAAAUUUCCUCUUGGAUAUGAUGAAGUAUAUCAAAUGCAAUCUGAUGAAAAACAGGGAAGAAUCAUGCGCUUUAUCUUCCAACUUCCAACGCGAUAUCAGCAAUAUAUAACAGGACAGGAGAGUAGCAUUCACACAUCAAGAUUACUAUCAACACCACACAAAUCACACAAUGGCACUUGCUAUCUCUAGCCAGUUUGCUGCCGUUGACUUCCACUAUGAGCGAAAAUGACAGAUGAGGUGACGCAUUCGGCUGCAGACAAAUAUUAGUUUGUGAAGCCGCAGUGGGUCUGAGGGUGAGACAGUAAAGGGGAAAAAGUGCAGAUCCCUUAUCCAUGGCAUCAGUUAUCAACAACAAAUACUGAAACAACCUGUCGCUUACUUUAAUAAACGAAGAACAAUACAGCUAUUGGCGUUAUUUAGAAAUAGAUGUCUGAAUGGGGAGUGUGUAGUUUUGUAUGAAUUGCAGAACUGAGAGUAACAGGUGUAGAGCUGAGCCCUUAGGCUUUAACAGAAUGGACAGCAUGACUGCUGCCCUUGUAGUAUAGAAGCAAGGUCACUCUACCAUUUGCCAGUGUACGCUGUGGAUACUGGGAAAUGUGAUCACAAAAUUGUCAUGAGGAUGGAGCUCUUUGUGUGUUUGUGUGUAUAAUCUAGACUGCCUCGGGGAUUCAUAAACCAAAUCUGCUGUCUGGAAAGUUGUGAAGGAAAAAAAACAUGAUAUAAUCACAGUCAUAAAAAUAAUAAACAUAAUCAAAAUAAUAAUAAUUAAAAAAAAGUUAAUCUGCAUUAGCUGGUUUGUGAUUUUCUUGCUCGCACACUGUGUGAGGGGAGAAAUCCGUCAGUGCAGCCAUCAUGGUAUGGGUUGCAUCAUGGGGUUUGGAGAGGUCAGGUGUAUGUCAUAUGCAGAAAUAUCCCCCACAGACUGGCCUUUGUACACACAUGCAGCAUGUUUGAAAGUCCACAUAGGCACAAAUAAUCUGGACAAAUGGAGCUUUUUAAAUCCAACAGGACAGACUGCAAAGAGCUGCGUCCACAUCAGGUUGUUAGGUUUGGAAAGUCUGUUUUAAAUAUACUGUCCGUUACAUGUGCUUCAACAUGCUGACCGUGUCAACACUUGGCAAAGACAGAGUCUUGUGGCCAAGUUGUUCGGCUCUUUAGUACCAUUUACAGCUUGACUUCUACCUCACAUGACCUUGCAUAUUUUAUAGAAUUAUGAAUCACAUCAGAGGCUGCUGUUUCCUAAUCUCCGGCACAAUAAUCCAACAAAUCUAAUUGAUUUGAUUAAAGCGGGGUGAGACCCAAGGCACGACAGCUUCUGUUUUCAGUGAGAUAUGAUUUUUUUUUUUGGUUACCACAUGAUUUUCAGCUCUUUAAUCUCAGUUAUUACAACCAGUUUGAAAUAAUAUGAGAAAUAAGGGGCAACUUGAUGCUUCUAUGGUUGAGACACCUGUGUCUUUAUCCUUAAGAGGUCAAAUAGUCUGAACAACUUCCUGUCCUCCUCAGACCUGUCCACCACCACAUUUGCAGGGGCUGUGUUUGACAGUUUCUGUGCUCAGAGAAACCAGCAGUCUGAUAUUUACAGCCUUCACCCUGUGAUUUGCCAGCUUUGUGGGGGUGGGAAAGUAUGCAGGCUUUGAAGUUUUUCACUCAAGCUUUGUAUAUUCUUUUUUGUUCGAUUUAUCGGCUGAGUUUAACUCUGUAAAUUCUUUUGCCCACCAGUAUGGCCUUGCAACAUUUUGAAUGAAAUCUUCCUCACUGAACCCUCAACAUAGCCUUUGUUGGGUAUCAUUCACCCUCUAUCUAGACUUCUGCCAGUGUCAGUGGAGUGGUCACUGAUCUCUAACACUGUUUUUAAUUCGAUCAAACACCUUUUAAGACACUUAACUGUCGCUUUGUACUCAGUUUGAUUAAACUCUGUAAAACCAUGAAAAUAAACAUCCAUAUGUUGUGUCUGUCAGCUGUCUGAGAUAUUUUGGUGAAGACAUGACUGCUUUUCACAAAAAAUAGCACAGCAGUGAGGAGAGCAAGAUAAUUCAAGGAAGACUCUAAUUCUGAACUUUAAUUUUUAUAUAAAAUAUAUCGGUACUUUUGGAUUGUUUUUUGUUUACUUGUGGACACUGGAAAGUCUGGCUUGUUGUUGGUGUGUUGGAUAGCAGAGCACAUAGACCAGGAAUGGGCAACCAUGUGCCAUGGAGGGCCGAGAGGCUGCAGAUUUUUUUUCCAACCCAAAACUCCACCAGGUGAUUUCACUGAUUACCUUACCACCAAGCAGAGAGCAGGGACUAAUCAGUGAAAACACCUGGUGGAGUUUUGGGUCGGAAAGAAAACCUGCAGCCUCUCGGCUUUCCAUGGCACAUGGUUGCCCACCCCUGACAUAGACAAAUAUAGACGCUGCAUUGACCAGCUGAAUCACAUAUAACAAUGUCACCUUAUUAGUAGUGGUAUCCUGGAGAGAUGUACGUACCAAGCAGCAACCUCCAGUCUUGAGAAAUGAAGUCAGUGCAGGAGUGCUAAACUUGCAUUUCAACAAGUGCAGGUUUUACUGGAAACCACAUACACACUAAGCUACAAAAGUCUGUUUUUGGAGCAAAAAUAAACCCAUUUAUAGCCUGGUUCAAAACAUGGUUUCAGUGUGUAUAGCUCAAAGCUCCCACAGCAGAUUUUUGGGAACCAUUAGACGUCAUUGUAUAUAUUGUCUACUAUUUUCUGCCCUGGAGUAGAUCAAAAGCUGUUUCACUGCCAGUUCAAAGACAGUCAUCAUCACUGCUACUUAUAUGAACAUCAAUAAUUGAAAAUAAAAAUCAACUGAAUCUUACUGUUAGUGCUUUUUAUUCACAGAACUCACAGUUUUGACGUCUGAAUUGUAUUUGUUUACACAGCAGACCUGCUACAGCCAACAUGGCAGACAAGCUGACCUAUAACAACAGUGAGCUAACACAGACCAUGCAGCUUCUGUGUGUCCAUGGCCUACCUUUGCAGCUGAAUCUUUGGCCUAGUUCACAAUCAGAUUCCUACUUCAGCACAGUAAUGAAAUUCUGCCGUCACUACUACGCCUUUUUUGUUACUGAACUCCUCAACAUCUUAAUAAUGCCUCCCCAGUGUGUGAUUUUGCACAGUGAUGCAGUGUUUUAAAAGCUCAAAAGCUGUAUUGUGAAAGAAACAAGAACUUUUCACACUGGCAGAUCAAGGCACACCAUUGACGUCUCACCUUUAUGCGUAAUGGCGGGGCCAAAUUGUCUGACUGCUGUGCGGGCAUCUAAGGUAUUAAUACAGGCGUCACAUGGCAAGUCUGGAUCACUGUGAACCUGCAGAGAUUGCAGGGGGGGGCAGUGCUUUGUGUGUGUGCACGUCUUGAGUGUGCGUAUGUGACACUCUUGCUGUGAAUCUAAACUGGUAUUUCCGCAGCACCAUAUUAACAUGCUGUAAAAUCACACAUUGAAACACCAAUAUCGCGCUGUUGCAAGAUCAGUACUGAAGUGCAUAGGUGUGAUGACUUGUGCAUAGGGGAGCUUGUUGCAGAACUUGAAAAUAAAAAAGACAGCAAGGAAACACUUUGCUCGCACACAAACUUUAUUCUUUAUUCUGUCCUGUCGGCUCUAUUGUUUAUAUGAACCCUGGUUUGCCUCUCUUAUACAUCCAGUGCUGGCUCUACCGUUACACCUCCAUAACAUUUACAUAAAUGUCAAGCUGUCAUAGUCCUGCCUUGAGCAGGCGAUGUAUAAAGGACCUUUAAGUGUUGCUUGGUAAACAUUUUCAGUGAUAACUCCUGGUUGGCGAGUUUGACAUGUUGUCAACUGUUUAUUGUCAGUUCAAAUGCUGUCGGCCCUACAGUUUAAUUAUAGCACAAUAAUGAUAAAUCAAAACAUGAUUUAAUGAGUACCAGGCUCCCACAGGCACAUUUCCCAAAUCAAAACACAGUGUACUUUGUCUUGACAACAGGCAGUCUAGUUUUGGGGAUUGUACAACUUCCAACAGUGAAGUUUUUGAAAAUAGUAAUGGUACUUUGGAGCAGUAUGUGUAGUCUUCUUCAUCAAAAUUAAAUGUGUUCCUUCACACUUAAUGCUUUUUAUUGAGUGGACUCGGGCUAACUGUGUCUGACUGCCCUCAUUCUGCCCUUUAUUUUUAGCUGUCAUAAAUAAUAAGUACAAAGUUGUUUUCAGAAGUGAUAGAGCCAAUGUAUCUAUCUUAAUUUUCAUGAUCAUCUUAAAAUUUUCCUUUGAGUCAAGUCUGAAGUGCUCAUAUCUCUCAAACCGGAUGUAAAGUUACUGAGCAUAUGGAAAAACUGAGAAUCACUGAAUAGUUAAAACAUCUUGUCUUGACAGUUAUCUUGUUUAGUUCUUAAAAAUUACUGCAGACUUGAAUCCUACAUUGACCUCCACUAAGAUUAUCUUGAACCCUCGGAUAUGGAAAGUGCUCUUAACUCUCCUCUGAGGAACCUUUGAGUCGUGUUAUUUUUGGCGCCCCCAGUGGACAAAGCAGUCUUCACUUAUCCUGUCAGGUAGAUGCUUGAGUUGUCAUAUAUGACAAAAAGUCUCAUCCCACUGAUUUUUGAUGGUCAAAGGUAGUAUUUAUUGUACAUAUUUUUUAAUGGAAACUGUAAAAAUGGCAAUUUCUUAAGCUGCAAGGCUGAGGCUUACACCUUUGCACAGAUUUAAGACAAGAAAAGUUAAUGUGUACAAAUUGCCAGUCUUGUCACUGACAGCUUUGGUUGAUUUUGUACAUCAUUAAAAGGCAUCAAGAUGAAUUUGAGUCUAUUCGAUACAUGUGCAAAAACUCUUCAUUGGAGCUUUAAUUCAAAGUAAUUUAAAUGUGUUUUAUAUAUAUAUUUUAUUUGUGAUAGUUUUUCCUCUCUGCCUUUAUCCCGUAUCUCUCUUAUGAGCCUUUUCACAGCAAGUCCAGAGCUGUAAUCACCACUUCUUUAACAAGGUGGCACUGUUGCUUAGCUACUGGGCUAAACACAAACCCUGAAAGGGUGAUGGGAAGGCUGGGCUUCCUCCCCCUCCUUCCACAAGACAACCUGAAUGCAGCAGGGCAAGUAGUUCUGUUGGAUGCAAUCUAUUGGCUUCUCAGCGCUGCCGCUAAAGUCACAACCCUGAUGGUAACCUGCACUGCCUCUGCCAGUGUAUUUCUGUAGCUGCUGCUGCUGCUGCCGCUGCCACUGCUGCUCUCCCUCCCCCUUAAAUGGUGUGGGCAGAGUGGGAUGGAAGACUGCAUUGGGAACCUUUUCAUGGAAAUGGUCUUUGCUGUUGGUGUUGCUGUAGCACCAUUCUGGUGACAACAACAUGCCGUUAAAAUGGAAAAGCGGUUCUCCUGUCAGCUGGAAAUUCCCAGUGCCAGUCCUUAAGACAUCCAGGUCCUCACCCCUUUCGCCUGCCUACAUGUGAGUAAGACUUGAAUACCAUUCAGAUAUUUCUUUGUGGUUAUGCAUAUGGAGAUGGAUAGGUUUGCUCGUCAGUUUUGGAUAAUUACUAUUUUUUUUAUGAUUAUGUUGUACUUAUUUUUUUCUUGAAAUCCUAAUUAGAACUCGAUUUGAGGGUUGUAAUGUGUCAAGAGAUUUACCUUGUCCAGCAUGCAUUUCAUGGUUCGCUGGCAGAAUGCUCUGCUCUCAGGCAGAAGGACUCAUUUUGCCGCUAGUCUGGCCGUGGCAAGCAGCACAUCCCCGACUCCUGCCCUCUCCCUGUGGCUAUGUUUAUUUGGGAACAGGGACUCAGCAGCUUGGGAGGAGCCUGCCUUUGUCAGGAUGUCUGGCGUGCCCUGGUUUAGAAGCUAUUGUCAUCUGCUACUGUUCAGGAGGGGGGGAGGGUAGCAUGGAAGUGCUUUUCACAGCCUCUCGACAUCCUCCCUCUUUAGCCCCUUUCUCCUGAGCUCCCCUAGAAUGGAAAAGUGCCGGGUGUGACUUUUGGACAGCGACAUGACCUACAGAAAGCCAGAACCAAAAUCUUGACCUCCCCCCACCGCUACCACCACACACACACACACACACACACACACACACACACACACACACACACACACACACACACACACACACAUACAAUCAUACAUACACACAGUUUUCUUGGUAGCUUGCGCACAGGUAAUUUCAUUUGCUGAAAAGCUUUUAUUUUUUAAUAACAGAUGCACAUACUCUCGAGUAAUCAUGAUUUUAUAAUGACUAUGAGCUUAAGAGCUCAAUUUUUGUAGGUUUUACUAGUUUAUUUUGAACAUCACAGCGAGAUAAAUCUACGCUCUAAUACCGCUGCUUUCGCGUAUUUCCUUUGACCUGUAAACUGGAGAACAGGUCCAUCCUAACAUAUUCUAAAUUUACAAAUCUGUUUGUACAUUGAUCCAACAGUAUUACCAUCUAGGUAGCUCACAGAGAUCUAGACGAAAUGGUGUCACUAUGUAAGCUCAGCAAAAAGACAUGAUUUAUGCUUCAGGAUUGGCGCUAUUGACUAGAAAUCAUUAUUUUAAUCUCGAUUUAAUCAUGCUAAUUUGGCUAGACCUGCCUCCCCCACACACAGUCACACACACACACACACUCACAUACACACACUCACAGUCACACAAAAUCACACCUGGAAGCUGUCCAGUGCACCCUUAGUCUUAUCAGUUGGAUACAGAAGCUCCACUGGAGCAGUUUGGGGGUUAAGGGCUUACUCAAGGGCACCUUAAUAGCCUUACAGGAAAGCACUAGUUUCUCACUCCUCAACCCAGUUUUAUUCCUACAUCAGAAAAACACACAGCUAGUCAUUCAGUCACUCUUGUUUAAAUAAUGGAUUUUGAGUAUUCAAUAUUUAGGGUUGUAUAGGGUAUAGGGUAUAGAUAUAGGGUUUAAAUAUUCCAUUCUAAAGUCGGCCUGUAAAUACAUCAGCUGUGCACCGUAAUGAAAAUGCUGACUGAGUUUAUGGUGUUUCUGUAGAAGCACAGUAAAUGUUUGUAUUGUCCUAAAAACUCCAUUAGAAACACCUCAGAGAUGAUAUCUGCUGUAUGUUUUUAGAGUAAUCUCAGCUGUUUUCCUUCCCAGGAUCUUUCGUCUCAAUAAGUCAUCUUUUGUCGUAUCAUUCUGGCUUCGUGGAAUUUUAUUUCUCAACUCGAUUUUUUUUUUUUAAAGACAUCAUUCUGUCAGUGCAUGGUGUGACUCAACUCUUGUAUAUGAUCAUUAUAGUAAGUGCUGGCGUGUCUUCUUGUUAGUGCGUGAAUCAAGACUCACUGACUCUAUGCAUUGUUUAUACAGAGCUAUUUCUUUAUUUUACAAACAGUAUUGUUUAAAACAGAAAAGGGAACCAUCACACCAGCAUGUCUUUGUGUCAUUUUGAGCUGUGUUGCCUCUUCAAUGCCAGGACUUGAAUGCAGUGAGUGCUCUGAAGUGGCAGCAAACUGUGCUUGCGUGUCUCCAUUCGAGACUGUGUACACACACACACACACACACACACACUGGCAAGUAAAGUUUUUUCAAGCCUUGAGGUUCCACCUUACUCUGCCCAGUGUGGCUCUGCCCCACCUUACCACUUACUAUUUUGAAACGUGUAUAUUGUAAGCUGUGUUUUUGAGCUGGCUGAUAUUGGGCCCCCAAUUAUAGGUUACUGUGUGGUCAGGGAGAAGUCACUCUUUAUAGGCCCUUGGAGUGGUGCCUCUGUCUGUUUGACUUGGAGUCAUUUCUAACUUCGUAUGCUCCCAGACUAAUCUAUCUAUAUCCAGCCAAAACUCCAGAAUGAUAGAGGAUACAGGAAAAGGGUUUUACAAGGUAUCUGACAUAUGUGCUGAAUCAAUAAUUAAGACUAUUUUAGCACUUUAUUCUUCCCAGUUGUGAAACAGCACAAAUCUACUGAUGGACCGGUGAACUGUAUGUGGUGCAGAUUUCAUGCUAGCAGUCAGUGUGGUUCAGGGACUAAUCUUUAGCUCAGUACGUCACUGAGUUUAUCUUUAAAAUAAAUGCUACCCCUCAUCUCACAUUGGUUUAGUACUAAGCACUUAAUAUGUGUGACUGCUGUCUUUAGUAAUCACCUCUUGUAGGCGUCUCAGCGGGUCAGCGGCCUUAACUGCAGCAAAGAGUGUUCGAUUCCAGUCAGAAACCGCUUGCAAAUGUUGGAUGUCUUUCUCCUCUCCCCAUGUCCCUUGUCUGUCUACAGCUGUGUGCUGCUCCCCCCCCCCCUGCUUUUACUGAUUUUAUAUUUUGUGUUUUGAAAGAAAAAAACACGGUAUAAAACUUCCUCUCAUAGCAAGCCGGCUGCUUUAGACUUUACACAAAACCACAAGGUCUUGAAAAAUGUCUCCAGUGCUGUGGAUAAAGUGAGACUGUAUUUGAAGUCAGUGUGACCAGAUUGGGCUCAGUACAGAUUGUACAGCUAUAAGUAAAACGAAAGCUUUGAAAGUCACAGAUUUCUGCAAAUGUUGGAUGCUUCACAUCUCAUGUGGCUGUCAAAUCCUUCUGCCUCUGCUGAGUGGCCCCCUGUGCUCCUGCUGUCACAUAGUUCUUGCAAUCUCUGAAGGGGGAAAAAAAAAAAGAAAACCCUGUAUUAGUUUACAUCAAGUUCUGUGAAAGCUCCUUCUUUAGCAACAUGAAUGAAUUUGUGUGAUGAGUGAAACAGCUCAUGUAUUUUCAAACAACAGAGUUCAGGGUUCAUUUGUCAGCUGUCAUCAAAUCUAAUAAGAUUUUAAGUUACUAUGACUUUGAACAUCAACUUUCAUUCACAAAGAAGUCAUUUUUCGUGGUUAAAGAUACAUAAAACAGUAGUAUCGCUCACCAGGGCCCCAGCAGAUAUUUCACAGUGUGAUUUGUGUUAAUUAGACUCGGUCAGGAGUGAUAUGCCAGCAGAGAUGUUAAAACUAUAAUACUGAAUCAUAAAGAAGUUACACAUGCUACACUUACUGUUCAUGUGUUUACAUGCAUUUUUUUUCAGGCCCAGUUUCAGUCGGGCUGUUGUAAUAAAGGUUUUUUUUUUUUUUUUUUAAGAGCGUUGAAACGUCCUCUGUGUGUCUUUCAGGGUUGUUGUCACACUAACAGAGCUGCUGUUAGUUUCUCCAUUUUGGUUGAAGGCAGAGAAUCAUCCAUUGUGCCCUAUCAGCUAAAACCGAAUAACUGAACUGAAACAGCAUAUAUUCUGUAAAAUUCUCCUUCUAUGUGUUUUUCAUUUUUUGAUUUUCUGAUUUCUCUUUUAGCUCCUGAGAUGGUAUUUUUGCUUGUCUUGAUGUACUGUAAUUUCUUGAAGCACUCCGAUCCAAACUAUAACAAAGUUUUGUAAGUUAUGCUAUAGCUAUUUUAGUAUUCACAGCACUGUCUGUAUUAUUGAUGUGAACAUCAUGAUCCAGGAAGUAUCUGUCAGGGCUGCCUGCUUGCUGUACCAAGAUUUUAUAGCCUGCUUAUUUAAUUUAAUGUAAAGACCAGUUCUACCGUUUAAUCUGAUGGUGCUAAAGACAGUAGUUUUAGAUUUCUGCAUCAAAAAUAAAGACUCAAGCUGUCAUGAAUUUUAUUUAAACUCUGUGUGACUUAAUAAUGCACCACCGCUCUCUCAAGGCAUCUUGCAUUCCGUCUGUUUUUAUGAAAACGGAAUUAUUUAAGGCUAGAUUAAUACUUACUGUCACAUUGAUGUAAAAUAACAUAUAAUCUGAACCAUAACACAUCCGUCUGGACUGUUGAGAAAGCAGAAGAUAUGAAAUUAUCCUCUUUGAGUUUGAUGGAAUUUAAAUAAGGCCACUAUCAUGCCACCUUUUUCAUAUCAGUAUAGGCGUAUUAUCUGGUGCGCACACACUUCAGCAUUCAGCCAAGACAUGUGCGUAGCUGUUGUGAAAAUAAAAUAAAAAACUUGAGUGAACUGUUGUGGAGCUUUUAAUUUACCCUGCCCUGCUAAAUGGACAUUUAGUUCUUGCUGACUUGUGGCCGUUUUGAACAAAAUGCAACGGCCACCCAGGGAUCAUUUAUUUUGUCUGAAAGGCCGGAGAAGAGGUAUGGGCAGGCUGGCAGGCAGUCUGGCUGGCAAAGCAUCAGGUUAGUUCAGUCAGGUGAAACUGUCAUGUCUUUGUGAGAUACACUCGCCCACUCAUACCUAAACAUCGGUCAACUGUACGGUGAUACUCCCCCAACUUCAUCAUCCAGUCGCCUGCAUUACGUCAGACCAAAACAAAACAAAACAGCUCCAUGCAUCGCAGGAUCUUGAUUGACCUCCCUCAAUGGGUGCAUCAAAUCAGAUUUAUUCUGCUCCUGUCCAGCUGUCAGAAGCAGUGCGGAAGAAGAACAGACAACUUCAGACUGCCAAAAAUAAGCGUGACUUGUAAAAUUAAUAAUAGCUUUGCUGGCCCUGAAGAAAUCUGCAGGGCAGCUGGACAAAUCCGAACAACCGUUGCAGUCAAGCCCUGAGAGAACACUAAUCCAAAGAAAUCUGUCACUGCAGGUUAAAAGACUCUACUGGAAAAACAAAUCUGGAUCCAGUCUGCCAGCUGAGGUUCCCAAAAGUCCAAUUUAAGUAGAUCAUUCUGAUGUCUGAUAUUUAACCUCUAUCAGUAGGUCAAGCUAACACCACUUUUACUCUUUAACAGUUAUGUCUUUAUAUUUUGCUGCUUCCUUUAAAGUUUUUCACACUUGUUUUAUCCUCAACUCACUUCCUCUACCUACAUAGCUGCUUGUUGUGAAUUCAGACAUCAUAGUCUCUCAUAGUGGGGACACAUCUCUCUACUUAAACCUCUCAUGAAUAUCUCCUGCUAUGUCUACAUAUGCUAAAUAAUUUCAAGUUCUUAACCUGCCACACAUCUCACUUUACUUUGUGGCUAUAUCUUUAACAAAAAAUGCAAAAUCUCUCACAAAUGAGUCUGUAGUUGUCCUUUUGGCUUACACAGACUCAGCUGGGUCGUGUUCCUGCUUACAGCAUCCUUCAGGUUGAUUAAGCAUUUGGUGCAUGUUGACAGAUUGUCUGCUCCACCCACACGCAAACACUUUGUGAGGCGUGUUUGGCUUAACUUGUGUUCGCUUGUGGUGAGCAUUGAAACUGUUCUCUUUUUUUAAAAAAAUCCAAUUUUAAGUACUCAUUUAUUCCUCCUGCCUGAUUUAAUGAAAACCUUGACCUUAAAGUGCUCUUUGAUUAUCAAAUGUAAUUACAGACUCAUUAUGGCGUGCACAUUGCUAAGAUUAUUCGCAGUGAUUGAAGCAAUUAUCCAGAAACUGUUGAUAGUUUAUUCUGGACAGAGUGAGGUACAAAUAGUUUGUAAACAUGAACAUACGUUUCAGCUGAAUGCGAGGAGACUAUUGCAGAUUGGAAACAGUGAGGCAACAUCAUCACGUCACACCGGAGCUGUGUUUAAACGUUUAAGUGUUGUUUCAUGUCGCUUGUGACUUUUCGUCGAUUUUCAUGGUACUUUAACCCCCUGUUAGCGCUGACAUAUUUAAAUGCUUUAGUCAUUUUAGAAACCUUUUUAAAAAUCAUGCUCCUCGUUCUUUGAUAAAUCCAAUUUCGAAUCUGAAUUUUUCCGCAUUUGGUUCCCAGCAUUUCAAAGAGUGACCUUCAAGCCUUUGAAUAGUACAUCACAGUUAUCCAUUCAUUUUGUUAAGCCCAGAGUAUUAAUUAGGGAAGUGCCAAUUUUCAUCUGAAAGGGCAGAGCACACAACAUUUGUAAGACACAUGGGCCACAGAUGUUUGAAACAGUCUGAAUAGUGAUGAUGCUUCCUUUCCACUGGAGCCUUAUGAAUGGAUGAAAAUGAAAGGGGUGCUUCUCAACUCAAUAGACCAUGCAUCGCUCAUUUUUAUAUUUUGGCACAUUGAGAAUAUCUGUAUUCAUUGUGGUGAAAAAAUUACCUUUUUUAUUGCAACCCUUCCACCAGACUCAGUUUUACAUUUCAGAGGCACCAAAGUCUGUUUGAUGGAAUCGAGACGGUAUGAGAGAUGAAUUUUAAGGCCCCCACAACUCUUGUCUUUACUGCUUUCCUGCCUCUCGCCAUGUGCAGUUGGAGAAAAUGAAAUGGAGCUGGGCCAAACUUUGUUGGGUGUGGGAAAAAAUUCUACCUGUGUUUCUCUCUGUAAAUUUUAUAUGUUGGAGAGAAAAAAAAAGGGACAGAGUGUCAAAGAAAUGAAAUUGCUUCAUCUUAAUGUGAAGAAUCUUUAUUGUUUUGGUAUCCAUAUAAAGUGAUACAAACACAAACAGUAAAACAGAUAAUAUCCAGACUUUGGUGAUAAAAAUAUAAUCAUAUUCAAAAUACAGGAUAUUGUGGAAUUUGCAGAUACACAGACAUUUUCUGCUCUGUUUCAAUCUGACAUUCAUAUAUUGAGCUACAACCUUUUACUGGUGUAGGAAAAACUUUCAGCAUUGUGACUGGUGAGUUGAGACAUUGGCCAAUCAUGGCUCAGCAGCAGAGGAACUUCACCCACCAUUCUGCCUCUAGACCUUUUACAUAGACCACAUAACAGAGGCAGAGCACUCUUGUCCUUUAUAGGCUGUGUAUAACUUCUGAAAUCCAUAGGAAGCGUGUGCACCCCAUCUUGGGAACCUUAGAGCAUGUUUGAAACAUUCUCAGUCUACAUAGAAUAAUGUAUUAACAACUAGUUAACAGACCUGCCUGCGGUACAUCUAGUGCUCAUUUGGAUAUGACUUUAGUGCUUUCAGCAUUGUGGUAUACUGCUAGGAGUCAGUGCAUGGUAUUUAUUUGGGACUUGACCAGUUGGUAAAUAUGCCGUCCUUGUGUUUGACUUGCAGUCCAGGUUAAUUUUCUUCAUUCAAUUGAGUGAACUGGGCCCAGGCUUCAUUGAAAUCAGCCCUGGCAUGAAUCUUGGGCAAAGCAGAGCAGGCAGACACUUAUGGCUUGGAGCUGAGAUGCACCACAACACUCGGUGGAAACACAAGCUUUGGUGUGAGCUUGGUAAUGAGCGAAAGCAACGCAAAUGCCUCUCAGGGAAAUUAGACAUAAGAGGCUGCUGAUGGCCUAGCUGGUCACUCUGCUUGUCAAGUCACUAUUGCAGAGAUUUUUAAAAGUACGGCAUGUUUUGAGUGAGGGCUAACCUCUGAUAUUAACUGCUGAAGCCAUAGAAAAACUGCCGUUCUUCAAGGGUCCACUGUAGGUCAGCUCAAAAAGCCAAAGCAACUAUACUAACAUCUGUACAAAAAUGCCCUUUUUUCAGCUGAAUAAUAAAUAUUUGCAGUCUGGUUCACAGCUCCACCUCUUUGCUUCUUGCUUGUUCAACUAAAAAUUAGGUUUCAGCAUUUUGAAUAUGGAAACCACCUUUUGUCGAGCUUCAAAAACGAUGGGUGACAUCACUCAGUGUGUUUACAUGCACAGCUUAAUCUGACUAAGCUUAUGUUAUUUUUUUUGCCAAAUCAGACUUUUCUCCAUGUCCAUGUAUACAUGAUGCAGCUGAGAAAAUUAAAUUAUUGACGUGAAUGUGUCCUCCUCCCCAAAACAAGGGGGCGAUUUGGGUCUUUUCAGUGACCCCAUACAACCGCCAACAACAACAGCAGGUCCGUGCCAGACGUCAGAAGUGGCUACAACUGCUGCUGAGCCUUUUUAAGCAAGAAGAUGGAGCAUCGUACUGCGGUUUUUGUCGUACAUGAUGCAUUCUACUCCUCUUCUCUGGUGUUUUUGUUACGGGGGGCGUGGCACACGCGCAUGUCCAUUGUCCGAUCAUACUCCGACUACACUGAUUACAUGAUAGAGAAAAUCAAAUUCCAAUGUCUGUCUUAAUCAGAGUUCUCCAACUCCAAUCCGAGAUCUCAAACUCAGAUUAUAGUCAGACUAAGGUGUUCACAUGCACUUCAGUAAUCCGGUCUUAAUCAGAGUAAGGCAAUAAUUCUGUUUUCUCAAGUGUCAUGUAAACGCACUAAGACUAAAACCAUGUUUAUUCCAGACCAUAGUAUUAAGAGCCAAUCAAUUUGGAGACAGUCUGGUGACAUUCAAUAAUGCAGGAGUUUUUCAUUUGUAUUUUUGUUAAGACCAGAGCAAUAUUCAAAAACCAAAUCAGGAGAAUAAAAAGGUAGAAUAUGUUACAUAACAUCUGAAGUAAUUUCUUUGAUAAGAACUUCACAAUGGCAUUGUUUUAUAUCCAAAUUUUAACUUCCAGUUCAUCACUGGGGACUAUUUUUGAUGAUUAAAACGCUUUAUCAUGGAGUGCCUGAUUCAAAAAUAAGAAAACAGAUAACACAGAAUUGAUUAAUAAAGAAGACAGCAUCUGUUAAACGGCUUAAACCAGACUUCAAAGGGCUCCAAAUAGGCGAUUUAGUGAUAAGUGAGCAACAGUUUUUCAAUGAUAUUCACUGGCAACUUCAACCAUAUUAAAAUCAGAUGAGACUGUGCUUAUAAACUUAUUAGCUAAUAGAUUUUCACUAAAGCUGCUGCUGCUGCUGCUAUGGAGCAGUGUGGUUGUCAUAGUAUUGUUGCCAUAGUGAUGUGAAAGUCACAUUCUUCCUUUGAAAAGUCAAUUUACCUAUGCAGUUUUAUUUUCUGACAGCAGAAUGAGGCAGAGGGUCAUUGCAUCAUGAAGUUAUCUCUGUUUUCUACAUUUCUGCGAGUGGUGCUUCUGCAGUAGCUUUUUAAAGACGUCUUUUUCUCAGGAGUAGAAACUGUUUGACAUGAAGCCUUAUUGCAUUGCUGCGCUCAGUGAUUGAGAACACUCCUCUGUCAUUUUUCUCUGAGCCAGGACAAACAGGGAGUUCCCUCCUGACUCCACUCCCAUCACUCCAGAUGGAAGUGGAGUCCGUUUUUUUUUUUUUUUCUCCAAGCACCUGGUCACCCAUUCUCCUGCCUUUUCUAUUUUUUUUCGUGUGUGCGUGGUUCGAAUUCUGCUGCUGGAGUGCUUCAAGAGCUUCAGUCAGACCGUAGGAGUCUUUGAUCUUUUUGUCAAUGGGGCAGAGGUAUUCUUUUUCUUCAAAUAUAAAAUGUUGAUGCUGCUCUUUUUUUUUUUUUUUUUUUUUUUUUUUUUUUUGCCUUUCUGCCAAUUUCACCGCCACCUCAUUGUCUGUCUUUUCUGCUCUCGGGCUCUUCCUGUGUUCAUGUUUAAACAGUGUCACAUAAGUCUACCGUAGCUGUUAGCGACGACAAAAUGUGAUGAAACUUUUAAAUGACCACGUAAGGCCGUUUGCACAAAAAUGGGCUGUAAUCAGUUUUUCAUUUGUGCUGCUCACUCGUGGCGUUUUCCUAAAGUUCGCUUUUCCUGUCUCGUGAAUAAGCGUUUGUUGAAAGCAGAGGCCAGGAACAGACGUGUAACCCUGUAUUACUCCAGUACUGAUUCAUCAUGCUUAGUAAUUUUGUAAUUAUCUUGCGGGGUGUGUGAAAUAGACACUAAAAGACGCUGAAAUUCCCCUUUGACACAGCUGCAGACUUCUUUUACAGUGUAUUUCACCUCUCAACUUCUUAGGUAUUUGCUCCAGAUACCACGGCACGAGUCCUUCAGAUGUUCAGAACCUAAAAACGAUGAGAUUAUUCAAGUUUCCACCAAUGCAUGGCUAAGCAUGACGACGCAGCAAAGCUAUACACUCAUUAAUCUUUUAAGACCCUUCCUCUGUCAUCCCGGGGAAGAAGCCAAGUUGACUUUAGCUUCCUGAACUGUCACUGGUAGAAGGAUGUUUUUAAGCUUUCCAGUGACAUGAAGGGACUGCAAAGACUGCCACACUUGUUUCUUUUAUCUCUAAUACUUCGUUUUCAAUCUUUCAGUUCCUCUCCCCACUUCUUAAGAUUUCCUCAAACCGUUUCUUUUCCUAACCUCUGCCUGUUCGAAAACAAAAUACGCACUCAAAAUCCAAGAUAUGAUGUUACACCCAUAGAUCAAUUAUAGAUCUCUGGGUUAGUGAGAUUAUAGGCUUUUAUUAUUAUCUAAAAUUGAUCACCUGAAACUUUACUUGUGGUCUGUGUUGUUGUUGAAACUGUUACAAACUGAAACAAAGAUAAAUUGGGAGUAAAUUUGCAGUAUUCCCUGUUAGAGAGAAGUAGUUUCUCCUGAAUGUGUUUAUAAAAGUGAGCAGCAAUAAUGCUGGGGAGUCACACUAUCAUUCAAAUCUUUUUUUCAUCCAGACUGAAACAUGGAAACAUCAUUUUAACCAAAUAUGUAUGAAGGAAAAACUGCAUUUAAAACUGCUGCAGCCCUGAAAUAAACUCAUAAUUGGUGUCAUUUAGAGGCGUAUAACAGGCUAUUAGUUAGUGAGAUUUUCUCUGAUGUUCAAUGACAGGUUUUUGCAUCAGUCAGGACUGAGCUGCACUCGAGCUUUAGUCAUAAUUAUCUUCAAACACGAUGCCAUGGGGGCAGCCGGAGAUGUAGUCUCUCUGCUCUCUCUGCUCUCUUUACGAGGAGCACAACUUGUAUGUGGGAUGCUGUAGCUGUUGUCUUCUUUGUUUCAUCCCGGCAGCCACCAACACUCCUUUGUGGUUUGGACAACCCACUCUCUCCUCGCUGCCUGUCCGACUUACCACCUGACGGGGUAAACCUACCAGUACAUUGCCUGUGCUGUGUGUGUCAGUGUUUUUGUGACCACCGUUAAAGUCAUGUUAGCUACUCAACAUUCAGUGAUGGUGUUUACAAACUCCUCUAAGACUCAGUCCAUGACCAUCUCUGUAAAACGUACCAGUUCUGUCCUCCCAUCAUCUUUCUCAAAGUAUGUUGUUGGAGCAUGUGUAGCUCAGACCAUAGUGUAGAUUUUCAUACCUCUUGUUGCAGAAACCUCCAUUUUUUGUGCUCAUUGCUGUUUUUAUCUGUUUCGUAGUUGUUGUCCAGCAUGUGAAAUGACAGCUAGAUUGCUGCUGACCUUCUCUCAAUGUUUUAUUCACAAUGUCUUCCUGAAUAUCUUUGGCAAAGUUACAGUCGUCAAGUAAAUUUGCUGUUGACUCUUAAGCCCUUUUCACACAUUUAUUUGGACUUUCAGGACAUCCAUGGUAUUUCCAGGAACUGCUUUCCAAACAUUCAGGGGAUUGUCCCUGUCAGGCUCUCACUUGAAAUACUCUGUUUGGUUUAUAGGUGGUGGUGAGGGGAGGGAGAGGUUGACUAUCAUAUAGGUGACUGUUUUUGUGUUUUGUGUAGAGCAGUGGUUCUCAACUGGUCUCACUCUGGGACCCACAUUUUCCCAUGGUCCACUUUUAUAGAAUUCAAACCAAGUAAAUUUAUGUUUUAUCAAAAAAAAAGAAGACCUUAAAGACUCUAAUCUUCAACAUAAAUCCACUUGUUUUAUUGAGUAAAGUGCAUUUCAGAGCACAUGAAGGGGACAACAUGAGGACGACAACUACUGAAGUUGCAUACAGAAAAUAUCAAAUAUCUAAUAAAAAUCGCAUUAAAUAUUUACUUUUUUGACCAGCUGUUUGUGACCCAUCCAGAAUGUGUCCGUGACCCACUUUUGGGUUGGCACCCACCAGUUGAGAACCACUGGUGACUGUCCCCAUCACUCUACUUCCAGGCUCAUAGUUAACGUCCCUGACUCUUUUAACUGGUUCUUUACAUUCACUCACCCUGACUUUACGUGGACAUUUUGCUCAGGGGAAAAGUCAGGGUGAAUAGAUUCAGCUGUUCGUGUUCACACAUGCCGCCCACUCAUAUAAAGUCAUGAAAUUUUCAGCAGUGAGAUGAAGGUGUGAAAGGGGCUUGAGUUGGCCGGUGUCUUAAUUGUGGGUUCAACUCCAAAGAUGUAGGCCAAAGAGAAGUGACUGUGACCCCAGCUUUACUUUGAGGUUCUGAGCAUCAGAGUGAAGCAAUUUUUUUCAUCCCAUAAUUCAGUAGAUGAAAUGAUCUUCAUCUUUCAAUCAGAAUAAACUUGCUUUGGUGGCAUUAUUGGGUCCAGGAUGUGACUGGGGUUUACACAGUGUGGAUGUUUUCUUACAUAUUGACCUCAGAAUGAUAGAAGAAAACUCUUAACUUAAAACUUUGCGACCUGUUUUUUCUUCUUUUUGGACUUAAAGUUUUGCUUUUAUAGUAAAAGUAGAGAAUAAGGUAAAAUCCACUCUCAUGUGGAGACAUUAAGUAAAGCUUUGUUUAUGGUAGAAGGCUGAAUUGGACAUUUGUUUUUUUUCUAGUUCCCAGGUUCCCCUCGAUUGCUGUCGUUAAUCUCAUGGCUGAAUGAGAGGGGCCAGCACUAUGGUAGAAAUAACAUAUAAAUCCAGUUGCAGAUUAUUGAUUUCGCCAUAAAGUAACCUUGUUCUGAACCUUUAUGGCCAAGUAUCUCUGCGCUGUGUCCUGAUGUAACGACACCAGUUUAACAUCAGAUCUCUUCUCUCCAUUAGGAAAUGAAAAACAUAUCUGGCUUCCCAUCUUUCUCUCAGUAUCAUAUUUAUAACUAGAUACUGAUCAUCUGUGCUGCGAUCAUCAGAUUAAUCUGAGAUUACUCCCAAUGUUAGUCUAAUCCAACAUGUACCAUGUUAUCUAUACAUGAUUGCAAAAGCUGAGCAGUGUUUAUGUAACAGAGGAACAAACCAUUAUACCUGAUUACUCUUAAAUAGGCAUGCGUUGAAAAGGAUUAAUGUUUUGUAAUGUUAGAUUAAGAUUCCUUACUAUUAAAGACCCAGUUUACUACAUCAAUAAGUUCAUUUAGAUAGUCUCUGAGAAGUAACAUCACAUGUGCACAAAUUUACACUUGUUUUUUUAUUUUAUUGUUGCCGUUGUGACGAAUCAGGAAAGGAAAAGAGUUUUUUUAAUUGGUGUAUUUUAUGUUUCUAAUGUCCCAUUAUCGUCCAAAUCUGACAUUUUCAUGAACAAGUGCAUCUCAUAUGUAAAUGGAUGAGCUUCAGAUUGUUGAUUGGCAACUUUUAAAGCCAAAAAGCCCCUAAAAAGCGAUGUUUUAUUCAGAAAUACUGAACAAAGUCCUGGCAAAACUCAAGGGACAUUCAUUUACAAAUGAUACAACCACUCUGCUAACCACAAAAAAAAAUCAAAUGUUCAUCCACACAAGGACUUAGAGUUGCCUAAUUAUAUAAGUAGUCCAACCAAAAACCAUUAGUCUCUCAGAUCUGACAAGCCCUGCUUGCUCACGGGCCUGUUUGAAGACAUAAAUUUACUGCUGUGCUGAGCUCGACAUUUUUGCAAAAGAAUAUUUUAUCAAAACCAGGCCAGUUUUCAUCUGAAAGUGACUGGCUUUCAAGUCGCUUUCGUUGACUACGCUGUCAUCUCUGUAGAUUGCAUGUAAAAGCAGCUGUACUGCUUUAAGCUGUCGUUUUAAUCAGUGGUUGAAAUAAAUUUUUGUAAAAGCUGUUGUUUUUUUUAAGCCCUACUGUCUGAGUAUCUCCUGUCUCCAAAAACAACCAAGUAAAGGCACUUUUUUUAAUCAGUCACACUUCCUUUCUUUCGACUUGACUUGAAGUUCAUUGUCUUACUUUAAAUAUACCAGCCUACCUUUUUCAAGAGCUGCUGCUGCUGUUUGUGAAGAUGGGAUGUUUCCAUAUCUUUUGUUUGAUAAUUACACUCUCUUUACCAAGGCCAGUUCCUUUACAGACAUCAAUCUCACUCCUUUUAGACGGGAGCAAAGCAGGGAAUUCAACUCUGUUUGCUUAUGAUCUAACACUUUGGAGACAAGUUAUCUUUUUCUUUUUUUGAUAGCAGAUGACUAAUGUGCCGCUGAUUUUGUUGAAUCACAGACUGUUGUUUUUUUUUUUUUAAAACCCAAAUGAGCUUCAUUCUCUAAUGUCAGCAUUGUCAGCACGAAACGUACCAACAUCCCCGGAGUAUUUCCCCGGGGGCCCUGAGUCACACUUGACAUCUUUUCACGUUCACUCUCUGUGGAGCAGUUAAGGACUUAGCAUUACAUUUUAGGAAGACUGUCCUAGAGCACCGAAACAUCACAGGGAUUGGUAGAUAUGAGGAAAAACAGUAAUAUCAUGUUCCCACAGAGCAGAUUGUUUCCUGAGGCUUUGAAAGACUCAUCAGAGUUUCUUUUAAAAUGUAAGAUCCCUUGAUUAUAAAUCAAGUACACAUUUUGGGCCAAAACCUUUUAUAAAAUUGAGUCCCCAUUGAAAAUAUUUAGUCUCCUCAGUGGUUUGACUUUUUAUAGUUUGUAUUUUGACUGAAAUGAACAUUGUUUUAUUGGCUUUGUUCAUGGUUUACCGGGUGAAUCAGAACAACACUGAGUGGAAUCAGCUGUACCUGUGUUGAAAGUCAGCAGACGCUGAAUCAGGAUUGAUUUAAAAAAAAAAAAAAAAAGUAGGAAUGGUCUCUUAAUAUUUCCUGGAGCUAUGUUUAGGUGGCUCAUAGAAUCCACACCCAGCAGAGUCCUCCUGCCUGGUCCAAAGCAGUCUGUCCAAUUGUCAUUUUAGGCUCCCGGUUUGUGUAAGAGCACUUUGACUGAAUAGCAAAAGAUCUGCUGUAGUUUCUGAGCCACAGCUCCUCAUGUGGGAUUUAUAGAGUGGCACCAAACUGAAGGUGAAGGUCUCACUAAGAUACUGUGACUCAUUCUUCGGGUACAAUGAUCAUCCACACAAAACUUUUGUGGAAAUUUUGGAUUUAUUUUUGACCUCACAGUGGCACAAGACUAAGGAUCAGGAGGCCACAAAUGUCAUAGGAAGUGACCUUCUUUAGACAAACAUGAGAAACCAUGCAAGAUUUUAAGACAUUUGUGGAUUUAUCUUGCUUCAGACUUUAUUAACCAUAAUUCAACAGCCUGAUUCACAAUACCAGGUUCAUCAUGUGCGGAUAAGAGUCUCAUUCUUUGUGACUUUGUGGAUGUAAACAAACUUUUACAAGCAUCUAUAUCAAUCUAUGCAAUGUGCCUUUUUUAGGGAUAUACAACAGGAGAGGUGGUCCGUAUUUGAAGGCUUCCCCCUCUCAAUAUUUCACCUGCUAAAGGCUUUCAGACCCUCAGCUUUUGGGUGUUGAUUCGUCCAACAGCUCAGCUACCACCAACCCAUUUGUCCUCAAACAGGGUCACUCUGGGACCUUCUCUGUCCUAUUUUCUGUGAACUAAAAUUAGAUAGAGGCACUUGUUUCUGCUACCUUUCAUGAAGUAACAACCUUUUAUUUUUUUUCACUUUUCCAUAAUAGAUCCCUCGUGGAGGACGACGACGCUCACAUGAAAGUGGCUCUCGGCUAUGGUGAUAUGGGCAUCUCUGCUCACCUUCAGGCAUCAAAGACAGGAAACACUCGAUUUUUCACAAGCAACACACACAGCUCAGUCGUUCUGCAGGUGAGUGCACGAACAUGCAGCGUCUCGCAGACAAGUCAACUGUGGGUCAAACGUUGUAAUUUCCCCAGUUUGUGUUACCACUCCUUUUAGAGAUCUUGUGAAUAAUGUAGGCUUUGUAGCGCCAUCCUUAAAAUACUGCUGACUGCACACUUGUGAGACUUAUUCAGAUUCCUGACCAUCAUUUUUUUUAAUGAGAUAAGCUCUAUCUAAGUUAAUCUAUGGCUUCAACAAGACUACAAACUGGGAAAUUUGUCCUUAUUGAAUUUCUUUACAGUUUAAAAACCCUCAGCGCAGCAAAAAUCUCAACUAUGCCAAAGAGCCCACAGCAUGUAUUAUAGGGACACAGUUUAAUAGCUUAGAUAAUAUUCUGAUGAUUAACUUAAAGCACUUGGGAGAUGGUUUUCUGUGUAAUUUGAUAUGAAGAGUUAGCACAACAAGAACAUUCUGACACUCUGAUAACCAAGAUUGUAAUAAAAGUAAUAGAAUUACAUAAAGAUAAAUUAUUCUGGUGACAUACAUCUCCCCAGAAAUGUAUCUGAAGCAAUUACCAAAAAUGUUGAAGCACAUAUAGGAUGGUACUGAUGGAUAAAACAAGCUUUCACCUCGCAAAGAAGUGCAGGUCUGGAUGUUUGGACAGAUCCUGUAAUGUAUCAGCAGCUCAACUUGCCAAACUCAUUGUUGGCAUCCUGCUGCUACCAGAGCAAUGGUUGGCCUUCAUCACCAGCUUUUACUGCAAAUGAUGGCUGUUGGCUGCCUUUUUACACAUUAAUCUUAUGGUGUCUGAGCACAGUAAGGAGAUAUUAAUAUCAAUAUUUCAAGGCCAAACGAUCAGACUUGAUCACUCUGUUGACACAAUUGGUUAGUAGACAUAGGUUACGUUCACACUGCAGGUUAUGUGUUGUCAAACAAUGGUGACGUUUGUCGCAUAUUGAUGAUGUAAAGGUCGGAUGAAUGUGACCUGUGCGUCCACACUGCAGUCACAUCAGAUACAUAUCCGAUUUAUAUCCACAUACAAAAGAGGCCUGGGUCGGAUUUGAAAAAAUCAGAAUUGCACUGUUCACACUUACAUGAAAAAAUGAGAUAUGUGUCACAUAUGGUUAAAAAAUCGGAAUUGACCUGCAGUGUGAACAUAGCCUUAGUCAGGACAUGUGGAAUAGGGGUAGGAAUCACUAGUGGCCCCAUGAUACAAUAUUAUCAUGAUACUUUGGCCAUGAUUUGAUAUUAUUGUGAUUUUAAACAUUUUGCGAUACAGUGAGUAUUGCGAUGCCAUGUAUUGCGGUUUGUACAAUUUUUUUCAACUGCUUAGCUGAUUUAGUAUCCAUCUUUUCCUUAUGUUUGUCUUAUUUACGCAGUAUUUUAUUUUCAUGCAGCACUUCUCGCAAACCUCAAUCACCUCAAUCAGCUAUGUGAUCACCAAUGACAACUUGCUAAUGCUAAUGUGGAAGCAACCCACCAAGAAAGUGCCCACUGAUCUGAGUUCUUGUGACUUGUGAACACUGUGUCGUUUAAACUGUGGUGAAAACUGAGACCGACAUACAGGAUGGAUUCAGCUGAUCAAUUUGAGUGUAAAUAGCAAAAGGUAUCUUGGUUUUUAUGAAAUCAGGUGUGAGGAGAAGUGAAAGCAUUUCCUAAGAAUGUGGUGUGAGUACACAUUGUGGGCAUGUGGAUAGGAUUUCUUUGUCAUGAAGCACAUGCCUCCAUGCUGCACAAGACCCUACUUUGUUGCUUUGCCAAGCUGGGACAAUACACAGUCACUGCAGCUCUGAACAUGUAAUCCUUUGCCAGUUACAUGCAAGAUAAUCAAGGAAAAAAUGAGUCUUAGAGCUCUGCACAACAUUUGAGCUCGCGGCUGACAGGCCAUGACUAAACAGUAUCUCGAUCAAUCCAUAGGACCACAUUUAAGUGUGCGUUGUCUGCUUCAAAUUGAGAUGUAGUUGGCUGUGACAGGUGUGCUUGUGUCAUUGUCUUCCUGUAAGGUUCAGGUCACCUAAGCUUCAUCUGUAAUCUCUCACCUUUCCUCUCAGGGAUUUGACCAGCUGAGGAUAGAAGGUUUACUAUGUGACGUCACGCUGGUAGCCGGGGAUGGCGACGAAGCGUUCCCUGUUCAUCGUGCCAUGAUGGCCUCCUCUUCUGACUAUUUCAAAGCCAUGUUCACAGGUGGGUCUGAGAAAAAAAAAAAGCCUGAGAAAUCUCUUGGGUUUCGCUCUUGUCUUUUGUGUGGGAUGUUUUCCUAUUGCUUGACAUAUCAGUGAAUGCUCUUUAACUUUCUCCUUCUUGCACUGUCUUCUCCAAUAAAGCAUUUUACGUAUUCAUGAACAUUUCAAAGCUGAGCACAGCCACAGCCACAUCAGAGUCACUUUGUUUCCUUUCAUAUUACUUAAAUUGACCUUGUGCCCACACCAUCGCAGUAUUUCACUCUCUGCUCUUUAUGCAGAAGUGGAGGAACCUUGACAACAUGUAUUGAAAUACCUGCUGUGUGUGCCAUAGGAGAAGCUCAUACACCAUAGAAUGACCAUGAAUGCCGAAAAGGUUAAAUGGCCAGAAAGGCAAUGCAAGUUAAAAUGUUUCACUGAGGUUGUCAGUAAAAAGAUAUAUCACCCCUUUAAAUGUAUCACAUGCUCCUCUUGAGUAUUUUUGAAUAAAGAUGUAAUUCUUAAAUAAUAAAAGAUUUUAUUUGAGCAUAGGAACCCAAUUUUUAUUUAUUAAUCUACAACAUGUCGAGCAAUGAAAAGUGGGUUUUAUUUAAAAGUAGUUAGGUUUUCAUUUAUUGGCAGGAUUGGAAAGACGUCUGACUUUAGUAUCCCCAGUUAAGGUUGAAGAUGAAGGUCUUCCGAGGAGUAGUUGGUCUAAGUAGGUGUGAGGGGACAUUACUUAGUGACAGCAUUAGUGGAAGGAAAGCUGUCUGAGCAUAGAUGCUGAGCAGUGAGAUUCCCUGUAAGACUUUCAAUCCUUCCUUUGAUCGUCAGUCUUUUCACGCUCAAAACAAUUCUUACACUUUCGCACAUUUUGGAAAAUGCAUUUAAAUGUUGUAUUUUUGUUUGCAGCCUCAUUGAAUUUUUAAGCACUCAACUCCGUUCUUGAAGUUUUUAAAUCAUCAAAUAGUUGCGGCUCACCGACCCGUCACUUAAACAAGAUUAUGUAGGUGUUGAGCCACGUGUGAGCCUCUGCUUUCUCUCAUCCUGUGCCGUCUCCUGAUGCAGGUGGAAUGAAAGAACAGGAUUUAAUGUGCAUCAAGCUCCAUGGAGUAAACCGAAUAGGCCUGAAGAAGAUCAUUGAUUUUAUCUACACUGCAAAAUUAUCGCUCAACAUGGAGAAUCUGCAAGACACACUUGAGGCAGCCAGCUUCUUACAAAUCCUUCCAGUGCUGGACUUCUGCAAGGUUUUUCUUAUAUCUGGGGUAAGGAAGCCGAUAAACAAAUGCACCGUCUUUCACUGUUCAUAACUCUCACCCAGUCUUUAACAGCUGAGAUCUUUUCUUUUCCGCGCACAGCUGGCUGACACAAUUACAUAAAAACUACUUCAAAUGUGUUUUUAAAGUUAUUUUAUUUUAUUGUGUUUUGUAGUACUCCACAUUUCAGCUGUUUUGAAGUCCUGUGAGAGUGUUUCUGUGUGCGAGGGAAAGACUUUUGCGCUUAAUCAAGUAUAAAAUGACAAAGGAAUUAUAUUUUAAGAAUUUAAACAGGCUUUAUUUUUUGUCUUUUAAAUAAAGGGCAAAGUUGGAAUAUUAAAAAAUUGAAACAUUUCAAUAAUUGUUUGUACAAAACACAAAAAAAGAGAGAUAGAAAUAUUAGAUUUAAAAAAAAAAAAGGGUGUUUAAAUCUAACAGAUGACAAGUGAUCGUAUUCUUCAGUUUUAGGAGUAAUUUUUUUGUUUUCCGUUUAGUUAUUCAACUAACCUGAUAGUUCCUCUGUUGAAGCGCAAAAGAAUCAAAGUAAAUGAAACUUGGAUAGUUACAGUUUUUAGUUCUUAUUUAAAGCAGUAAAUCUUUUCUGAUGCUAAAUCACUGAUUUUCAAAUCAGACUAACUAGGUGAGUCUUCUUUGUUCAUGUUUGUAAGUUUAAUUUGUUUCGUGCCCUGAUGAGUUGUCAAUCUUAAGGUCAGCUGUCCAAAAUUCAGACUUUUGCUUCUUUUCUGCAGGUUUCUCUUGACAACUGUGUGGAGGUUGGACGCAUUGCUAACACAUAUAACCUCACAGAGGUGGACAAAUAUGUCAACAACUUCAUCCUGAAGAACUUCCCCUCGCUGCUGGGCACGGGAGAGUUUGUCAAACUUCCAUUUGAACGGCUGGCUUUUGUACUGUCCAGUAACAGUUUAAAACACUGCACUGAGUUAGACCUAUUCAAGGCUGCGUGCCGCUGGCUACGCUACGAAGACGGCCGUAUGGACUAUGCCCCUAAGCUCAUGAAGAACAUCCGCUUCCCCCUCAUGAACCCACAGGAGCUCAUCAAUUAUGUGCAGACAGUGGACUUUAUGCGCACAGACAACACCUGCGUCAACCUUCUCCUGGAAGCUAGCAAUUACCAAAUGAUGCCCUACAUGCAGCCAGUUAUGCAGUCAGAACGGACAGCCAUCCGCUCAGACAGCGCCCACCUGGUCACCCUGGGUGGUGUUCUGCGGCAGCAGUUAGUCGUAAGCAAAGAGCUGCGUCUCUUUGACGAGAAGGCUCACGAGUGGAAGGCGCUCGCACCCAUGGAUGCACCCCGCUACCAACAUGGCAUCGCAGUCAUCGGCAACUUCCUCUAUGUGGUGGGCGGCCAAAGCAACUACGACACCAAAGGCAAGACAGCAGUGGACACAGUGUUCCGAUACGACCCGCGCUACAACAAAUGGAUGCAGGUGGCAUGCCUUAAUGAGAAACGUACCUUCUUCCACCUCAGUGCACUCAAGGGACACCUCUACGCUGUGGGUGGAAGGAAUGCUGCCGGGGAGCUCGGUAAGUUUCUUUCCCCGUGUGUUUGUUUUUUUUUUCCGCUCUCCUUUUAAGCAACAACACAAACUGCUAAUUAAUACUGUAUGAGUUUCUACACUUCAAUAUGAAGGAGCAGGAGGAGAAAGAAAUGUGCUCCUUAAUAAGACUGCAGGGGUGCUGACUCUGGUAAUCACAAUUUGUGCCUACACAUCAUUUGCUGUUUCAACAUGUUGUCCUGAUAUUAUCUGUGUAAUUUAAUUAAAGGUAGAGAAUGAGUUUAUUUUCAUGAACACCUUUUACAGUCUAAUGCAAACUAAGGGAGAAGCUUUUUAACACAGACAAGAUCAUUUGAAUAACUACUUGUUGACAGUCUGAGUUUUCUAUUAUUUUUUUGAGGUUGCAUUAGAUUUAUGUUUUCAGGUUUCAUCAUGGGGCUGGGCGAUAAACUGAAAAUUUACUGAUACAGGAAUUUCUGACAAAAAUAAAUGAAUAAAUAAAAGUUAGUUUUGGAUCAGUGGUUCUUAAGUCCAGAAUCACACCUGAAUCAAAUGAUCAGCUCGUUAUCAAGCCAUUCCAGAGCUUGAUAAUGAGUUAAUCAUUCGUAUCAGGUGUGUUGGAGGCCAUAUCGCCCAGCCCUACGAUAUCAUCAUCGUGUUUUAUACUCACACUUAUAGGGUACUGCGGUUCAUCACAACAUAUUUGUUCAUCAAUAGAGUUGAACAGAUUAGAUUAGCUCUGUAACCUGAACCAUACUGGGCUGAAAAGAAGAGGAUGAAGUGGAAGGUUUCAUGCAGUUUGUUGAUGGAAUAUUGAUACUAGGUUUCAAAAUGGUUACAGUAGAUGGUUUUAUAAGGUAAACUUCACUCCAACCCUGAGGUAGAUACACCUCAGUGAAGACAUAUAUUUAAGGGGUGGGGUUUACACGGUUGGAAGAGCAGACAGAAGCCCCCAAAUUAUCUUUACAUACUGUGUCUGCAUAUGUUUUUAUGUUUUUAUCUGUUGAGGGUAGUUUCCUACUUGAUGCUGAAUUACCAAUCUGGAAUUUUUGCGCUCGUAAAUGUAAACCACAGAGAGGUGCCACCCAGUACUUAAGUCAGCUCUGUAAGCGCAGCACACAGAGAGAGGCCACAGUGUGAGCAGUCUCCUCUUCUGGGUUAUAAUUAGACCAAAGAACACGGCCCUGGUUCACUGCCUCUCUACACAACUCCCUUUUUCUGCUUUACGUUCCACUGCCCUUCCCCUGCAUGUGGCUAAGCCUUGAUGUUAUUCUGGAUGUGCCCAGCCUCUGCAUUAUGUUUGUUUACCCUCAGAAGGACAUAGGGGUGUGGUUUUUAUUGUUACAUUUGAAACGCAAGGAUUAAAAAAGACAAGCUUCACAACGUGAGGAUGGAUUUUUACCGGAAGACGCCCUAAUCUCUCCUGGAACACUGAGCAUUUAUUUUGCAAAGUGUAUUCGACUCUAUUCCCUCUUAAGGAUUGAAGAUUAACAUUAUGGUCAAUUUACCAACUGAUGUGAUUGAAAGACUUUUUUUUUUUUUUUUUUUUUUACACAUCAAACUCUUAUUUGUAGAUAAAAAUUUUAACGUUUUAAUGUCAAAGUAGUCUUCACAAUGUCGCCUUCAGCUUGAAUUUGCUCUUUUUUUAUUUCUGGGGACCACACCACAGAAGCAGAAAUGUACAGGUCAGCAAAGGUUGCACAGUUACUGCACUCUUUCUUUCUGUCUUUUAUUAUUAUUUUUUUUCUGGCCUGCAGCCUCUCACACAAAACAAUAUCUAUAGCAAAUAUGAAAACCUAGCAAACAGCAGAGAAACCUAGGGAAUGGGUUUUCCUCUGUCCUACCUUGUCUUCAGUCUGAGGUCAUUGCUACUAACCACAGCAUCUUUUGAUCCCAUUAUGAGGUCUUGUCCCUCAUGUUGCAAACCACCGCGAGGUCAGUGGGGUAUGCUAAACAGUAAUUAUUACCAGAUGUCACCAGCUGCAAGCUCAGCCCUUGGAGCAUUCAGUUUUUGCGAGCAACAUCCAGGGGAGAAAGUUGUGCUAAUUAAGAAGGUGACCUCACCUGGUGAUAGUAAAAAGAUAUUACAGCACAGUAUUAUUAUUAUUAUUAUUUAAUAUAGAAUUUUAAUGGUUGCACCUCUAAGUUGAGACAUCAGCUUCUGGUUUCUAAGUGAAAAAACAAAACAUUCAGAUACUUUUAUGUGCUCCAAUAAACAGUUUAUUUAGUGGAUUACAAAUUUUAACGUUUAUUUUUCUCCUUCUGACCCUGCUCUGCACUCCUGAAAUUUAACACUGCUCUUUUUGAGAUCUGCUCAGCGCUCAUCCGUCCUUUAGUAUUUCUUCUCCUCUUCUAUGUAGCAGCUGCAAGACACUCUGUCCCACUCAAGGACAUUCUGAUGAUAGUUGUCGGGCAAGCAAAGUAAAGUUUUCACCGUCUUCUCUCCCAUCUGAGAAUUCUCCGAGCUGGCCCUCUGGUGGCUCUCAUUCCUCUGUGGUCCUGCGCUUAAUGCAGUAUUUAAUCAUUUUCCAAGUCAUUGAUUAAACCAUUUAUUUAACCGAAGCCUUUAGAAAGUUCCCAAUCUUAUUCGGGGUGUUCAGCUGAGACCACUUUUUGUGUUUAAUCAGGGUUAAUCAGUCGGCUCACCAUUUUAUCCUUCAGCUUCGAACUGUGAAAACAAAAAUUCUUGUGCUUCAUCUCCAAUCCUGCGGGUGACAUUAAAAUAUACCGUCAUUUUGUUAUCCUUUCAUAUGCAGAUGAGACUGUCCUUAUCCCGCACCAUAACUAAUCCAUGGUUUUUACUGUUUGAUGAAAUUUUCACUCGUGCUCAACAAUAGGACUUAAACGUGUGGCAUACACUUUUCUUGUAAUCCUCAAUCAUAAGUAGAGAUGCACCAAUCCGUUUUUUUUUCAGAUCCAAUCGGAUACUGAUACCUGGGCUGAACGUAUCGGCUGAUAUCCGAUUACCGAUCUGAUAUUACUGUUAAGUGAAUGAGCUGUAUAUCUCGCUCUGUGAGUGAAGGCAUCAGUCUUGACAUUAGAUUUGUUAAAAAAAAGGUAACAUACUAACACAGAUAUACAUUUACUUGAUAUUAUUUAUUAACAAAUAACAAAUUGCACAUUAACACAGUAAAAAGAAGUAAAACUUCCAUGUAAACAUUUAAUGCAAAAGGAUAGACAGACAUAGAAUAUAGAGCGAUCAAAAUCACUGUUUCUGAAUGAAUUAAUUUAUUUAACUCACGACCAUAUUAAUACGAUAUGGAGCACAUACAUGCAAUGUACAUGUCAUAAUACAAUAUACAGUAUACAAUACAUAUAAAUAUAAAUACUCUUUUCCUUGACGGUUGCAGAAACGACAUAGUACAAAAGACAGUAUAAAGAGGACAAGUGUUUGAUAUUAAUCAAAAGAAAAAAACACUGGAUCGGCGUCCUUCAUCAGAUAUCCAAUGCAGUUAAUUUGUCAAUAUCGGAGCCGAUAUCCGGUCCAUAUAUCGGAUCGGUGCAUCCCUAAUCAUAAGGCUCCAUCAUAUUUACAUAUUUAUGACCUCUGUCUUUCCUGCUGGCUGCCUUGCUGGUCUGAGUCCUGAACAGCAAACACUGUCCAUGCAUCCCAGUUGGUAUCCCAGUUUCUCCCAGAUUUUGCAGAAACACCCUCAAGCACCCUAAAGAUAAAGGAUCUUACAAUCUCCCUGUUUCCUGUGCAGUUGGUGCUGGUGGGGUUUUGGGGAUGUGUACUCUGUAUUUAAAUCCGUGUCUUAGCUCCCACGCUGAGACCCUCCAAGGCCUCAUUUGCUGCUGUUUGUCCUCCUUAGUUGUGUCUUGACCUACUUUCAACUAAUACGUUCUUUUUUUCCAUCUCUUUCCUCAAGCUACUGUGGAGUGCUACAACCCAAGGACAAAUGAAUGGACUUAUGUUGCCAAAAUGAAUGAGCCACAUUAUGGCCAUGCUGGGACGGUGUACGGCGGUUAUAUGUAUAUUUCAGGUAAGGACGUUCAUUCAUAAUCCACGCAGUUAAACGAGGAAAUGUGCAGGCUGUGGCUGCGCAGUGAGAUCGAAAAUCGAUUUCAUGUCUUUCAGUCAUUAACCAAAUUAAUUUGAAUGGAUUGUAAUUUCCAAUUAGAGCCGUUUCUGUUAAUUUCCGAGCAGCAAACAGCUGAUUGUGUCUUCUAAUGUUCAAAGCCAUGAAAUCUAUUCAGCGCUCACCUCGUGAUACCUUUCCUCAAAAACUCCGCUGCAUGUAUAAUGCAUCACCGUGAGUCACAGACAGAGAGAGCAGUGUGUUUUCGUCAUGUUCAGGGGAAACAAUCAAAUGAAACAGAUUCUGUUUGUGAUUGACAGGAGCGUCAGUAGACGGUGUAAGUAAAGCCACCGCGGUGAUACAUAAUUCCGUGUCAUUCAAACAGCUCGACUUUCAAUUUGUUAUUCUGAUUAAUUCAGUGAUUCAGAUUAAUGGCCAAUUACAGAAUACACUCUGCUUUCUGAAAGGUAUUCUUGUACCAAAACUGAAAAUGUUUGUGACACAAAUCAUACCUCACAUGCUCGCGCCAUCUCAGCUGAUCGCACAUGUGGACCAGGACAAAGUGUACGAGGCCUCGCCGCUUUUAGGCAGAAGAUUGAAGGCGCCGAGGUUUCUUCCUUCGGGCAGCAACUGCUGGCUCUUCUUUCGGUGUCACCUCAGUACUUGUUCUCUUCAUAGGAUUGAAAACAAAUCCUGCGUUAUGGAGAUGAGCCCUAGUUUCUCAGUGUGACUAAUCCAGAGCAGCGCUAAGAGGGGAGGGAGGGGAGGGGAGGGGAGGGGAGAGGUGGAAGGGAAAAUUGGGAAGGAUGGAGUGAAGUGGAGGAGUGAAGCCCGUGUAGGAGGUGUAACACUGAAGAGCUGAUGUUAAUCCCUCCCUGGCUCUGGCUUCUGUCAUCAUCCCUACAACAUGUAAAUGUAAACAGUAGUUGUGAACAUGAAACAAGACGAUCAGCGAAUGUUACACAGAGAUGGAUGUUUUAAAAUAUUUUUCUAUUUCCAAAAACAUGGAAGAAAUUGAAGGAAAAGAGGGAAUUCACUGUCACACAGUGUUGGACGAAUAAAAGAGGUUGUUUAUGGGUAUCGGGGAUGGAUUGAAUCUAAUCACUUAGGGGAAUUAACAUGCAUUUGCAUUAACUCCAUUAGCACUAAUGUUCUGCAGAUAGCAGCAGUAUUGAGAAUACAUGACACAAACAAUGUAAGGUGCUGACCAGCAAACACUGUGUCAUCAGAUACACUCAUUGAUCAAUAUACAUAUGCAAACAACUAGUGCAUCAAAAUCUAUGAUCCACAGAUGUCAGUGAUCCUGUAGAUCUUUAGUAACAUGUCACUUGUACAAAAAGAGGAUUAGGGCCACAAGAAGAGAAAAAAAAUAAUUACAGGUGGGAAAUGUUUUUCAUUUCCAUUUCGAGAUUAAAGUCGAAACGGUGAGAUUUAAGACGAAAUUUUUAAAAAAUCAAAUUAAAAAAAUCAAAAUUUCGACAUUAAAGUGGAAAUUUCGAGAUUAAAAAAAUUGAAAUUACAUGAAUAUAGUUGAAAAUUCGACCUGAAUCUCAAAUUUUUAUAUUUUUAACAGCAAAAUUUUUGUAAUCUUGAAAUUUUACUUUAUUUUUUAAUUUAAUUUUCAAUCUCGAAGUUUCAACUUUAUUUACAUAAUUUUUAUUUUUUGAUCUCAAAAUUUCGACUUUAAUCUCCUUCCUGUAAUUAUUUUUUUCUCUUCAUGUGGCCCUAAUCCUCUUUUUGUACACUUGCCUCAUUCGUCCAACUUCUCUCUCUCCUUACUUUUUCCAGAGCACAGAACUGAUUGUCGGUUAAUUCUCUCGUGUUUUUCAGACAGCAGAGUGCUGCGAGAAUUUCCUCCGUGUGCAUGCAUGUGAAAAAGUCAACGGCGUAUGCAGCCUCUUAGAUUAGAUUCAUAUUAACUAACCGUGACUCUCUAGAAACAGGCCAGCAAUUAACAACCAACUUCAUCUGUGAUUACUAUCGUUGUUUUUAUCAACAACAAGCUAAACUUUUCAGAACAUUUUAAUUAGUCUGUGUUUCCUUUGGCAAGAACAGGAACUGGGGCAUAUUUGGGACCACACGGACCAUAUGAUUUGGCAAGCCUAAUAUUACAGUUGAGUGAAGAUGAAAGACACAUUUUUAAAAUAAAUAAACUAAAUGAUGAAUAACAAAACAGGCGGGAUUGAGCUUAUCUGCUGGUAGCCAGCUGUUUUCCGUCUCUUGCUCAAGGCCGUACUCCUCAGUAUGUACUAUUUACUGCUCACCCUUCAUGAUUUUUGAAUGGUUUCCUUUUGUGCUGGUUUCAUGUUCAAUGAUGCACUCAAUAGCAGGCCAACACAGUGCCAUGUUUUUCACCUGCGGCAGCUAAAGCUUCAUGUAGGGAGAAGGAAAAAAACAUGUGCGUGCUACAGGAUAAAGCUGGUCUAGCAGUUUUUAUGAAAGGUCAUUUGAAAGUGUGUAAACGAAGCUGCGGGGCUUUAGAUACAGACGUUAAUGGUUAAUGCAAAGGUACAGGUAACCAAGCAUUCACUGUUUAAGGAAUUUAUUUGCUCUGAAGUGGUACUAUAGCGCCCACGGUCUCAGAGGUUGGAGUCGUGCUGUGCAAGGUGACCCAUGCUGAAGUGCAGUUCUGUGUCCGUCUGUCACAGCAGAUCAGGUCACUUUCUCUGGCUGCGCCGCUGCGCUGUCUGAAGACAUUCUGUCAGCUGGAUGAACCUGACAAAUCCACUCAGCCCACAAACCGUCACAGCUCAAGUGGUGUGGCAGGGUUCAGACACGAGUACUGAACCAGCACAGAGCCGCCCUGCCUCUGUUUUAACAUGGGAGAUUAAUAUCUGAGUACAUGCUGCAGAUGUACCGCUCAGACCGUGUUUUUACUUCUUAACUGAGUCAUCUACAACAAGGACACUCUGCAGAACUCUGAGUAAUUUACACGUAGGUGUCAGGACUGCAGACAGUCUCCUAGCCUGCUGUUGUUGUGGGUAUUUUAAAUGAUUUUGUAGUAAUUUUAGGUAUUACAGCCAGACUGUUACAGCCCAGCGUGAUGUUGAUGUUUGGGAGUUUUUCAGAUGUGUGUUUAACUUUGAGUUUGAAAGAUUCCUUCAGGAUGUGUAAUUUGAAAAUUAACCUUGUCCAAGCUCUUCAGUCCAAACCCGUUUUACUUUGACCCUGAUUCAAAAUUAUCUUUUUUAUUUUUUUUUGUGCUCAGUUUCAUCAGCACAGUGAAAUAUUAGGAAUGAGUUACUAUUGGCCCAUAUCUCUACUCUAUUAACUGUUUGGUCUGGUUCUUGUUUGAAUAUUCCCACAGACACUAAUAAAGCUGAAAAAGUGUUAAUAUGAGAUCAUUUGGACACUUUUUGGACAUAGACUAAUUUCUUUGCGAUCUCUAUAAGAAGAUUUGUGUAGUUAACCACUGUGACUGGUGUGUGAGUGUUCCUGCAGUCAUCAGCAGGUUUCCCUCUUAAAACCACUGAAAUGAAAGAGCUGUUUUUAUCAUUUAUUCACCUUGAAUUCCACUCCUAGUAAGACUCAGACUGUGUUUAAGAAAGAGUUUGUCAAACAAGUAGAUUUUAAGAAAUCACUCGACAUAAAAAUCACCCAAAAGCCUGAUCAAAGUGAGUCUCAUGUUGGUUAUUUUAUGCUGCAGCGUGUCCCGGCCCUUGAUUUCUGAAGGUUCACUCCCUUUUUUAUCACUGAAAUAAAAAACAAUAUAUGGCACGUCACCUGUACUGACGACAGUCCUGCAGCACAAUGUGUGGAAUAGGAGAGAUGUUGAGUGUGCUGCUCACACAGAACAGUAAAUGUCAGGUGUACAUGAAGGCAUAAAUGAAUGAUUGGCACAGCACUGGUUGGAUGGUGAGAUCUGAUACUAUAGGACUCAGUUGCUAUAAGGAUGUACAGUGAGAUGAAUUUGAUGGUGCAGUUUGAAGGUGCAUUUAUGCUGCAUAGGAAACCGAAAAGACAGUGUGUCCUUUAAAUGUAAAGAUUUAUUUUUACUCUGUUCUAGGAAGUUAAAAAAAAAAACGUUCAGUUACAUUUAUAAUCCAUACAGUGCUCACUGUAUAGCAUCAAUCAAUAUGUUCUUAGUCAUCCUACAAACAGAGAACUGGAUCAGUUCACACAGCAAUUUGGUCGUGGGCCACUUUCAGAGCACACAUCGAGUACUAUCUCCUCGAAAGACCCUCUCUAUCAACAUAGGAUAUUUUUGGGGAUCAUGCGAGGUAUCGUCUUGUAUCUUUUUCGUACAUCACCUGUGGCUGCUCCAAUUUAACCAGCUAAGCAGGUCACUGUUUUCGCUAGGGGAAAAGGAAAACGCACUAAUAAACAUAAGACAACACCAAGACCAAGUAACCCGGUCUGUCUAUGGAGGGGCAAAAUCUGUUCGCCUGAUUCUGAGACUGGCUCAGUUUAGCAAACAUUGUCUCACUAAUGGCUUUGAUUAGACAUCAGGGGAGCGGGAUACUGAUCAGACAUGGUUGCGUUCGGAAAAGGCCAAAGCCCUUGAUCUGAAUCAGCAUAGCAGCAGGGCCUCUCCAGAGGAAUUAUAAGGACCUAAUGCACUGUUCCCUUGUCUGGAUUUUAAUAGCGGACAUGCCCUAUGGACUACUUGGAUAAAGAAAAUGGAGAGUGGGGCUAUCAGUGGAUUUGAUCAGUUAAGGAGGUGCAGCAUCACAGAUCUGAGUCAUGGCAGCUGAAUAGACAGCUUAGGCCUCAACAAUAAAGCGCGCGCACACGAUCACCGGGCAGCAGCAAAAGAGGGAUUCUGCCUCUAUUCGCCACGCUCUGCAAAUCUUCGCUGCAUUCGCUCCUAGUCACUCCGCCUGUGGGGGGGAGGGGUGGGCUGGCUUCCACCCAAAUGCAUGCUGGGAUUGUGUUCCUCUUUAUUUUAAGCCUUCCCUGUAGACAUGUCCUGUUUUUUUUUUUUUUUCCCUCCCCACUUUCCCUCAGCUUUUUUGUGUCCCAGCGUCUACCGCCUGUUUGUGUACGGGUGUGCGUUUUGUAAUGAUGUUCCUCUUUAUGCUUUGAGUGCUCAUCACCAGCAGUAUUUCACACCGUGGAAAAGACUCCGAGCAAACGCGGAUGUCACUUUAAAGCUCGCAAAUGGGGUUCACUCUGCGUCUCAGCUGUUAAGGUAAAAGUUAGGUUUUGACAAAUAGAGACAUUAAACGGUGAAAUACUAAUAUUCACAAAGCCAAAGAGAGAGAUGUGACUACUUCUAGUGUGGGGCUGGUCAUCCACGCGGCCUAGAUAAAAGGAAAUGUAGGUUGGCAUGGUCCAGUGAGUCACUGAUCUGUCUAAUUGAUGUGUCUGCGAAGCUGUUUUCCUCCCCCUAACAAUCACUGAUGAGGCUAAUUUCUGCUCUUUUUUUAAUCUUUUGGCUACAGGGGGAAUCACUCAUGACACUUUUCAGAAGGAGCUGAUGUGCUUUGACCCCGACGCAGACAAAUGGACUCAGAAAGCGCCCAUGACGACGGUGCGUGGCCUCCAUUGCAUGUGCACAGUGGGCGACCGCCUGUAUGUGAUCGGAGGCAAUCACUUCAGGGGAACCAGUGACUACGACGAUGUGCUGAGCUGCGAGUACUACUCUCCCGCCCUCGACUUAUGGACACCUAUCGCCGCCAUGCUGCGAGGCCAGAGCGAUGUGGGCGUGGCCGUGUUUGAGAAUAAGAUCUACGUGGUGGGAGGUUACUCAUGGAACAAUCGCUGCAUGGUGGAAAUAGUACAGAAGUACGACCCCGAGAAAGACGAAUGGCACAAAGUGUUUGACUUACCCGAGUCGCUGGGCGGGAUCCGAGCCUGCACACUCACAGUUUUCCCCCCUGAGGAUAUCUCGGGCUCACCCUCCAGAGAGUCGCCACUCUCGGCACCUUGAUGAGUAAAGGGGGGGAGCCAUAGUCUGCUCACACCCCCGUGACCCGUCACCCACCUUCCCCUCCUCAACAAACACUCCUUAUAGACAUUGUUUGCACUUCCUCCCUGGACUACAUCUGUACUGCACCCUGAAGUCCCCCCCUAAGCCCCCUCUUCUUAAAGCUGUGCAGCACUCCCUCCCUAAGUGAUUCAACCUACGUACCGAUACGGUUUGGCAACCUAAUUACAUGUUAAUGUUGCAUACUCGGUAUACAUUUUGGCAGGAAAUACCUUGACUUGAAAAGUGACUUUGCAAAUCAACUUUUCUACCUGAUGUCUACAAAGUUUUUUCUUAUGUCUCGUUUCUUUAGGCGUUCUACCUUGAGAUGUUCACUCCGACUCUGACUCUCUCUUCUAGUCUAUGCCGGGUUAGAUGCAGGUGACUCCGCAGAGAGCAGACACUUAGGGACAGAUGAGCUCCAAAACACAGCCGGUUUUUAACUCAGGGGUUGGCCAAGGCCCCAUCUUCGUCUCUCUCUCUCUCUCUCUCUCUCUCUUACAGUUUUGGUUCUUUUCCUGCUAUUGCUAUGAAACUGUUAACAAAAUGGUGUUUUCUAAAUUUAAUAAACAUGAUUUUGAAAAUAAGGAAAA